AGCUUGCAAGAAACAAGAAAGUGAAGAAGAGGAAUCUAGAAACUGAAGUAUAUUCUUCCUUCCAUGUCUCACCUUCGAAUAUACAAUCAGAUGCGAUGUAUCUUCCACAAGAUUUCACAAGCUCAGAUGCUCGUAAAAGAAAAUUUCACAAGAAGUGUAGUCCGAGACAGAUAAUUUCAUCAUAUUCAUCAAGGGAGAAACGAUACGUAACAUUUACACUUGCACCUGUUGAUGUCAGACAUUGUAGACUGCGUCUUCCAAUGCAAUUCACGAGGGAGAAUGGCAUCAACAAGCCUGGGAAGAUAUAUCUGUUGGGUAAAGAUGGUUCAAAGUGGCUGGCAAACCUUCUCCUGGAAAGCAGAGGAAGAAUGACUCUGGGAGACGGCUGGAAAUCUUUUGUUAAAGCAAACGGCUUAAAGACUGGUGAAUCCUACACACUCGAGGCGAAUUGGGAAGACACAACUCCUGUGCUCCGUUUGUGCACUGCCGAGUAUAGCAUUGACAGUAGAGAAGGAGGGGGUUCAGAAGCGAGCGAGAAAGAGCCUCUUCCCAUCGAACCUAGCAACAGAAACCAAAUCGUCAACGGUGAAAACAGCAAAGACGAAAACAUCGAUGAAAAUAGCAAAGAGGAGAGCUGCUCAUGGGAGGGAGAGAAGAAUCAUCUGAUAUGGAGAGAUUCAACUACUUCGUCCAGCCAAAACCGAUUUCUGACAUUAACAAUAACACCCGACAGUCUCAGACAUGGUAGACUGCGUCUUCCAUUGCAAUUCAUGAUGGAGAAUAGCAUGAACAAGCCUGGGGAGAUAACUCUGUUGGGUAAAGAUGGUGCAAAGUGGUUGGUUAGUCUUCUACUAGAAAGAAGAGGAAGAAUGAGUUUGGGAAAGGGAUGGAAAGACUUUGCUAAAGCAAACGGCUUAAAGGCAGGUGAUUCCAUCACGUUGGAGUCAAUUUGGGAAGACGCAACUCCUGUCCUCAGUUUGCACCGUAUAGAGUGUAGCAGUGAUAGAAGGCAGCAUGGUGAGUGCUCAAAAGCAAGAGAGAAAGAGACUAUUUUCACAGAACCUAGCAGUGGGAACAGGACAAGUAACGCAGAAAGUAACACAGAAGAGAACAGAAAGUAUCCUCAUAGAAGGAGAGAUUCAUCUUUAGCAAUCCAAAACCGAUUCGUGACAUCAACACUUUCACCUGAAAUAGUUCGCUGUGUUACUCAUGAUAUUCGAAUAGGCGAGAUCGUUGUUGUCAGAGAUGAAGGAGAUAUGAUGUUCCAGGUUUCAGAUUUAGGACCCAGCUGCUGUGAGAUUCGAGACGUACUGGCUCCAAGCACCUACAAUGAUCAGGAAAACAUCGGUAGCUUUUCGAUUAAAAUGCAUCCGCACUUAAGAAAAGAAGUAGGCUUUUCGUCAUACGUUCAAGACAACAUUGAGCUUCCGAGAAAGAAGAAAGCGAAGAUUAACAAUUUGGGAACAGAAGCAGAUUCUUCAUCAGAGCUCUCUUGUUUUGUAGCCCAUGUCAGAGCUUCAAAUCUACACAGAGAUGCACUGUAUCUUUCAGAAGAUUUCACAAACUCUGAUGGUCUUAAAGGAAAAAGCCGCAAGAAGGAUUGUCCGACACAGAUUAUUUCAUCAUAUUCGUCAAGCGAGAAACAAUUAGCAACAUUUAGACUUGCACCUGUUGAUGUCAGAAAUUGUAGACUGCGCCUUCCAAUGCAAUUCACAAGGGACAAUGGCAUAAACAAGCCUGGGAAGAUUUAUCUGUUAGGUAACGAUGGUUCAAAGUGGCUGGCUAAUCUUCUCCUGGAAAGCAGAGGAAGAAUGACUUUGGGAGACGGAUGGAAAUCUUUUGUUAAAGCAAAUGGCUUAAAGACGAGCGAUUCCUUUGCACUCAAGUUGAAUUGGGAAGACACAACUCCUGUGCUCAGCUUGUGCUCUGCAGAGCAUAGCAUUGAUAGUAAAGACGGAGGAGGGUGUUCAAAAGCAACUGAGGAAGAGGGUCUUCUGAUAGAACCUAGCAGUGGAAAAGAGAUCAGCAAAGAUGAUAACAACGAAGAUAGAAACAGAAAAGAGGAAAAUAGCAAAGAGGAGAGCCGCUCAUGGGAGAGAGAGAAGAAUCAUCUGAUAUGGAGAGAUUCCACUACUUCAUCCAGCCAAACCCGAUUUCUGACAUUAACAAUAACACCUGACAGUCUCAAACAUGGUAGACUGCGUCUUCCAUUGCAAUUUAUGAUGGAGAAUAGCAUGAACCAGCCUGGAGAGAUAACUCUGUUGGGUAAAGGUGGUGCAAAGUGGCUGGCAAGUCUUCUACUGGAAAGAAGAGGAAGAAUGAGUUUGGGAAAGGGAUGGAAAGAUUUUGCUAAAGCAAACAGCUUAAAGACGGGAGAUUCCAUCACGUUGGAGUCAAUUUGGGAAGACGCAACAACUCCUGUCCUCAGUUUGCUCCGUAUAGAGUCUAGCAAUGAUAGAGGGCAAAUCAAGAUGUCAAAACAGUCUCUUUCCGCAGAACCUAGCAGUGGAAACAAGACCGGAAAAGCAGAGAACAAGAGAGAAGGGAACCGGACCGUGAUAUUAAUACUUACACCUGAAGAUGUCAAAGAUUGUAAACUGUGUCAAAAGACGGAACAGUCGCUUUGGGAAAUGGUUGGAAAGGAUUUUGUGAGGCGAAUGGCGUGA